GGAGUGAAGGAAGGGCGAGGAAGGAGUCGAAUCGGAAGCGUAUAAAAAAAUAGAGAGCACGGCCACAGAAGAAAGCCCUUGACCUUGGUAUUACCUUGGAGUCAUAAUUCCAGGGAGAGAGAAAGUGAAGGAUCUGAAAAGUUCAUUACUCUCUUGGCUGUUCUGUGCAACCAAACCAACCAACAGGCUGUAGUAUUUGCUUUCGCCUUUUACUUUCUUCACUGGCGAAUUUAAAGAGCAUUAGUAUGCAGAAAAGGAAAAUGGAUGCGCAUGUUGAGAUGGGUCUUCUUGGGGAAAACUUCGAUCCGAGUUUGAUUGCGAGGAUUAGGGAUGAUGGGUAUGAGAGUCGUUCUGGAAGUGAUAAUUUCGAUGGCGUAUCAGGCGAGGAUGAUCAGGAUGCUGCAGACGAUACACCUCAGAGAUCGAAGAAGUACCAUAGACACACCCCUCACCAAAUUCAAGAACUUGAAAAUUUCUUCAAGGAGUGUCCUCAUCCUGACGAGAAGCAAAGACUGGAACUUAGUAGGAGGCUUGGCUUGGAGACUAAGCAAGUUAAAUUCUGGUUUCAAAAUCGACGAACCCAAAUGAAGACGCAACUGGAGCGUCAUGAGAAUCAUUUUCUGAGGCAAGAAAAUGACAAGCUCCGAGCUGAGAACAGUAUGAUGAAGGAAGCCAUGUCCAACCCGGUAUGCAACAACUGCGGAAGCCCAGCCAUUCCUGGGCAAAUCUCAUUCGAAGAACACCAACUAAGGAUUGAAAAUGCUCGAUUGAAGGACGAACUGAACCGCAUAUGUGCCUUGGCUAACAAGUUUCUGGGAAGGCCAAUCUCAACCAUGGCUCUUGCAACCCCAAAUUCUGGUCUUGAGCUAGCCAUUGGAAGGAGUAAUAAUACUAUGAGCGGGAUUGGUCUUGGGUCAAGCUUUCCGGUGGGAUUUGAUAUGGGGAUGACAAUGCAAAUGGGAAAUGAUCAAGCACAGGUUGAGAGAUCCAUGCUUAUAGACCUUGCCUUGGCUGCUAUGGAGGAAUUGAUGAAGAUGGCUCAAGGGGACGCCCCUCUUUGGAUUAAGACAUUGGAUGGCGGUAAUGAAGUCCUGAAUCUAGAGGAGUAUGCUCGGAUUUUUCCUCCUUGUCUUGGCCCGAAACCUCCUGGUUAUGUCACUGAAGCUACUAGAGGCACUGGAGUAGUGACGAUCAACAGUUUGGCUCUUGUUGAAACAUUGAUGGACAUGAAUCGAUGGGUGGAGAUGUUUCCGACCAUGAUUGCUAGAGCUUUGCCGCUCGAUGUGAUAUCAAAUGGCGUGGGAGGGACCAGAAGCAGUACUUUGCUCUUGUUGGAAGCUGAGCUGCAAAUGCUUUCGCCGUUGGUGCCCGUUCGGCAGACGAGAUUGCUGCGAUUUUGCAAGCAGCAAACAGAAAAUCUAUGGGCUGUGGUUGAUGUUUCAGUCGAGAUUGGUCGUGACCCCACCAAUGCACACCCUUUCGUCGCAUGCAGGAGGCUUCCUUCUGGCUGCCUUGUGCAAGAUAUGCCCAACGGUUACUCCAAGGUUACUUGGGUAGAGCAUUGGCAGUACGAUGAGAAUGUGGUGCACCAUCUUUACCGUCCGAUGGUGAACGCCGGCAUUGGCUUCGGUGCUCCUAGAUGGAUCGCCGCCCUCCAAAGGCAAUGCGAAUGCUUGGCCAUCCUCUUGUCCUCUUCCCUUCCUAUUGAUGAUCACGCUACACUGAGCCAAGGUGGGCGGCGGAGUAUGGUGAAGCUGGCACAACGUAUGACGGACAACUUCUGUUCUGGGAUAAUCGCUUCCUCUGGCCUCAGGUGGGACAGCCUCCGUGUGGAGACGCUGGGAGAUGACGUUAAGGUUAUGACCCGCAAGAGCGAAGGCGAACCAGGCGAUCCUCCCGGAGUCAUGCUCAGCGCCGCCACUUCCAUCUGGCUGCCGCUGUCGCAGCAGAGUUUGUUCGACUUCCUCCGGGAUCAACGCCGGAGAUUCGAGUGGGACAUCUUGUCCAACGGCGCCGGUACCAUGCAGGAAGUGGCUCUCAUUGCGAAGGGACAGACACAUGGUAACUGUGUUUCUCUACUACGGACCAACGGUGCUAAUGGGAACGAGACCAGCAUGGUGAUGCUGCAAGAGACAUGGACGGAUGCUACAGGGUCUAUGGUGGUUUAUGCACCAGUUGAUGUGCAGUCGCUGAACGUGGUGAUGAGCGGCGGCGAUUCUUCGUACGUGGCUCUCUUGCCUUCUGGCUUCGCCAUUCAUCCCGACGUCAGCCGCAACGGGAGUCCUCCGGGCGGUGACGGUGGCAGUGGCGGAAGCUUGCUUACGGUAGGGUUACAGAUACUGGUGAACAGCCUGCCAACAGGGAAGCUGACGGUGGAGUCCAUUGAAACGGUGAACAAUCUAAUGACGGCCACAGUUCAGAAGAUCAAAGAGGCGCUCAGAGUUGCAUGAAGUCGAUGAUGAUUACAAGUAGUGUUAAUGGAGUCUGCAGUUUUCAGAUUUAGGGUUUGGAUUUUUAAAGGUGGAACAAAAAUGAGUAGUUGAGAGGAGGUAAAGAGAGGAUAUAGAAAGCGGUGGUGGGGGAAGUAAGGGAAGGUUUCGAGUCAAGAACGAACCAUGCAUGGUAGAAAGAACAGGGUAUAUGAUAUGGUGGCAGCGGGUGGUUCGGGUAUUGACUCGUUGACCUCCGAGCGUUACUCGGUUUUUCAUUUCUCCUGGAGUCUUUUUUUUAUUUUUUAUUUUUUCCCUUUCUUUGUCUUAUAUGAUGAUUAGUGUUUGAUGUCGUUCAUGAGUCUUACGUUAUUAUAAUAUAAAGU